AUGCAGAUUGAGAAGUUCGACAAUCCGACAAGUUGCUACAACUGGCACUUCGUCAGCUACCCUCAUCCAGAUGACUUGGAUGCAACAGCUUUGCAGCAGCACAUUGCUGGUGUCUUCAUGAAUGUGUGGUCCUCGGACUGGUGGGAUACUUCAAGUCAAGCUGGCCCUAAAGUUCGUCCACAGUCUGACACCGAACGCCUUGUCGUGCCAAGCUUGGAAGUCUUGUCGCUGGACACAGACUUCAAGGUGACGUUGCCGGAAUCGGUGAAGUCAGCACUGGGCACCAGCAAAUCCGAGUCUUUGCAGAAGAAGGUGAAUGCCCUGAAUCUGCAGUCGGCUCCUCUGGGAAGCAGUACUCCCGCAGCCGUCUCUGGAGCAGGGGCAGGGCAAGCUGAAGGGAGGAAAAGUUACAGCGCCUACACAAACAAGAAGCUACGUUUGAUUUUUCGGUUAGAGCACAGUGGCGGGAAGUCUGCAGCCUUCGACACUGCAUUGAGGUCCUUCGUCCAGGCUCCCGCAUCAUCUUGCGACAAGAUUGAUGUCUUUAUCGAGACUGGCACCGAGCCAGGAAUUUACCUUGGCAACACGAGCGAAAGCGAGACUGUGACGAUGGAAGCCGGGGAGUUGUGCGGUUUCAACCUUGGAAGCUUAGUGGAGAGAGCGCAAGGCAUGGCACGGAACAACAAGGACAAGCACUUGCCGUUUAUGUUGGAGAAUGAUUGGUCCUUGGUCGUGUUCCUCGACCCCGUCCGUGGUAAGGUAGCCAUGUCUGUGGCAGACCUCGUGUGCCACGCAACCCAAACGCAUGGAAUCACGGAAGUGAACCUUGUGGACCACAAGCUCCAACAGAUGCUCGAGGACGAUGGUGUCUCGCUGAGGAUGUUUCGCUACACAUUGGAGCCGAAUGCCAAGUUGAAUUGCUUUGAGCCCAAGGCUCUGGAGGAGGGUGCCGAUGCCAGGUCCUCUCAACUUGGGGCUGCUAUGCGUGGUCGCUUCACCAAGUACCCUUUGAGCGGCCCCAACUGUGCCUUGUUGUGGGAGGCACGACGCGGGUUCAAGUUGAAGUUGAUGUUUCAUCUCUGA